AUGGCGGGGCUUUACUUCUUCAUCCCGAGCUCUUCUUCGUUCUCCGGCCAAGCUAUGCAAAAGAACAUACUCGGUCAGCGGCAAGCGCUAGAGCGGCAUGAAGGCGAUAGAGAGGAAGAGGAAACUGAUGCGGAGAAAGCGGAGGAAGCGGAGAUGAUAAAGAUACAGCGAGGGAGGAAAGGGUAA